UUAUCAUGUUUAUAAUAAUAAAAUAUGUAUUAUUCAAUCUAUGCAUGAAGCUCUUCUCUAAUCUUACAUUAAUUAAUUAAUUAUAUAUAUUUUACUUAGCAACAUGUGAUACAUCAAUAUUGCUAUGACAAUUGUUCUUAGAUUCAAAUUCCGUUCAUAACAAAAGUAAACGGUUAGAUAUUUACAAAUGCGUAAACGAUUUCAUUUUUUGAAAUAUACUGAUUGUUGUACAACAAAUUUUGAAUAAAUCAGCAAUAUAAUGGCAACAGUAAUAAAGGAUCGUGUUAUUCCUAUUAUGGAUACUUUAGUUAAAUAUGAUAAUCCAGUCCUAGUCACAAUUCGUCCAGAAAAGGUAACGAAAGAACAAGUGCCAAAAAUUGGAGUAACAGUUUGUAAAGUUGAAACCACUAUUCCUACGCUUGAUACAAGACAUGAAACUUCUGAAAUUCUCAAUAAAAUUUUACCGCCUAAACAAUGGGAAGAGGAUGGUCAAAUUUGGACUCAACAGGUAUCAAGUACACCAGCAACAAGAUUAGAUGUUAUUAAUCUACAAGAACAUCUAGAUAUGAAGUUGCAACAAAGACAAGCAAGAGAAACUGGUAUUUGUCCAGUACGUAGAGAGCUUUAUACACAAUGUUUUGAUGAAAUAAUACGCCAGGUGACAAUAAACUGUGCAGAACGUGGAUUACUUUUACUUAGAAUUCGAGAUGAACUUAAGAUGACAUUAGCUGCAUAUCAAACUUUGUAUCAAAGUAGUAUCGCCUUUGGUAUGCGUAAAGCUCUACAAGCUGAGCAAGGGAAGGAAGAUUUAAUUGCUGCUGCAGAUGAGCUUCAAUCACAAAAGACUGAAUUAGAAAAAACAGUUCUUGAACUUAAACAGAAAUUUGAACAAGCUGAAAGAAGAGCAGCUGAAUUAAGAGAAGCUGAAGAGAAAAAACACAUGGAAGAAAUACAAUUUUUGAAAAAGACAAAUCAGCAACUCAAAACGCAAUUAGAGGGGAUCAUUGCACCAAAGAGAUAAAAUGAAUAUAAUAUAUAAUAUAAAAAUAGCAUAUUAAUUUCUUUUGUUUAUAUCAAUUUCAUUUAUUUUAAUUUGAUAAUAAGAUUAUUAUAAAAACAUUAAAAUAUUUUA